ACACAUGCAGAAGCACCCAUACCAAUAAAAUAGUGGUAUUAAACUUGCAUUCUUCAUCAAGUGUAUCCUUCAUAUCAGUUUAUUCGCUGGUAGUAUACGUCACGUACAAGCAUAUCCCCAACCGGCACAACCCACCCCCGUUGUUUCCUGUGUUCUCCGCCAACGCGCCGCUCCACUAGCUUUUUCCUGUUGACUCAUACUGGCUUUACUCAUUUGUUUGUGUCAACAUCCCAAGCACCCACCUCCACACAUAAACAUAUUGUUCACGGUUCCCGCUUUCCCGCUUUUCAUCCACCCCUUUUUUCCGGCAAUUUUAACUGCUCACCCUUGAAGCAACAGCCACUCCUUUUUCUGUGUCCCCGUAUUUUCACCGGUUCGCCCUUUUAAUAUUACCUUUUGCAACAGCAAGUGUCAUGUUAUCGGCCCUCUUCUGUUGUUCUGUUGAUUCAAAGGAAGAUACAGAUGGAAACUACAAUUCAAAGCCAUCCUCCAAUAGCAAGUAUUCUCAGUCCAAGAUUGAUAACUCUAAAGAUUUGACUCACUCCAACUCAAAUCCCAACAAGCGGCCCAAAAACAAAAAAGAGAAAAUGGACAAGGACGACAGCUCCAUCAAUGAGACCGAAACCAUUGCUAACACCAAUGAAGAGCCAACGGCCACUCCCUUACACCCCAACCAAAAACACGAUAGUAAUGGCAACUCUAAUAUCACCAACAGUUCUUCCGACACCAGCGAACCUCCAACUGUUGGUUCGUCCAGCAGCCACCAACAAGACAAAGUCAUCAUUGCCCAGGCUGGAAGUGAAGAUUUGGUGGACUUGGAUUUGGAGGAUAUGGAUGAAGAUUCCAUGAUGGACUUGACCAAAUUUCAAGUCGACCAAUACCGUAACCCUGAAACCGGCUGGUUAUUGGGCAAGAAAGCCCCCCACUUCAAGAACAAGAAGUGCUUGAUCUUGGACUUGGAUGAAACGUUGGUCCAUUCGUCGUUUAAGUAUCUCAGAACCGCUGAUUUCGUGAUACCUGUGGAGAUCGAUAACCAGAUUCAUCAUGUGUACGUGAUAAAGAGGCCCGGAGUAGAUGAGUUUUUGGAAAAAGUAGGCCAGUGGUAUGAGGUUGUUGUUUUCACAGCGUCGGUGCUGAAGUAUGGAAAUCCAUUAUUGGAUAAAUUGGAUAUCCACAAAUCGGUUCACCACCGAUUGUUUAGAGAUUCGUGCUUCAACUACGAGAAUAACUUCAUCAAAAACCUUUCGCAGAUCGGACGGCCCUUGGGUGAGUCGAUUAUCAUCGACAACUCGCCUGCAUCCUACAUCUUCCACCCUCAGCAUUCGGUGCCCAUUUCUUCCUGGUUCAGCGACACUCAUGACAACGAGUUAUUGGAUCUUUUACCAUUUUUGCAUGAUUUGUCCGAGCAAAACGUCGAUGACGUCAGCUUGGUCUUGGAUGUAAUGUUAUCAGUUUAAGCAGGACUUAAAUGGUUGGAUUGUAAUAAUAUUAAUAGAUUAAUAAACCUAAUUUC